UCUCCCAGCUAGCAGUCCACCCGAAUAUUGAACAUAAUGUGAACAUAAAUCCAAGGAACUUUCUGGGAGCAGUCAAGAGGAUUUCCACAAAGGUCACGAUACAAAUGUCCAACUGAAGCCUCCUGCAGCAAUGGAGGCCCAAGAGUUUUCCAUGCUGUCGUCACUGAGGGGAGAGCCGAAAUUGGAGGAGUUCAUUCAGCCUCACUACAAGGAGUCCUACCGCCUGGCCAUCGACUGCCUGGCAAGUGGCGGCAGAGAAAGUUACCAGAAGUUCCUCAAGGAAGAACGUCUCGGAAGCUUCCUCUCGGAGGACGAGCUUCUUUUCAUUACCCGAAAGGCAGAAAACGUCCCACCUAAAAAUGAUGCGGAGGAAACCACGGUUCCUGUGGACAGCCACUCAUCCUCGGGGACGUACUGGCCCGUCCACUCGGAGGGGGACGCGCCAGACUUGGAGUUGGGUUGGCCGGAUGUCCUGCAAGAAAGACUACAGACGAACAUAGAUCUGCUCUUUCAUCCGCCGAGACAGAACAACCCGACCAUCAAGGAGGUGGUUCGGAAGCAUAUACAAGAUGCGAGACAGGUCAUUGCCAUUGCGAUGGACGAGUUCACGGAUGUAGAUAUAUUCAAAGAGGCUGUGGAUGCCUCGAUACGAGGAGUGCCAGUCUACGUGCUUUUGGAUGAUUUCCAUUUGAAAAGUUUCCUCGCAAUGGCUGAAAAUCAAGACGUCAAAAUAAAUCAACUAAGGAACAUGAGGGUGCGCACUGUGAAGGGCCCGGAUUACCUCUGCCGAUCGGGAGUGAAAUUUCAUGGAGCGAUGGAGCAGAAGUUUCUUUUAGUCGACUGCCUCACAGCAAUUUAUGGUUCAUAUGGCUUCACGUGGUCAUUUGAGAAGAUUCAUCUGAGCAUGGUGCAGCUGAUCACAGGCCACCUGGUGAAGUCCUAUGACGAGGAGUUUCGAACACUUUAUGCCCGCUCGACUGUGCCGUCUGAGCUCUGCCCUCCGGAAGGUUUGACCCAACGCAAUGGACGACAGAUUUUGCCCCAAGACACCCACAAAGUUGAGCGUAGGGACCAGCUGAGGCAUACGCUGGACACAGUUUAUCGGAAGACCUGCGAGAUGAAACUAGGAGCGAGAGAUCUAGAUCUAGAGAGGAGGCUCUUUGAAGAGGAACCUUACCAUUCCGGGCUGUUAAAGGAAAAUGGGAUUGCUGUUAACAACCAGAUGCCCCAAUUUCUGUCAACAGAGUCAAAUGACUUCAUUAAAAGGCACAGCUAUGCUGGAGAGAGGCAAGACGAAUGUAUUCCACCGAACUUCAGGCCCAGAGCGAGCAACUGGAACAUCUCAAGAGAAACAGGAAGUGGAAUAAAUCACUUUCCAGUGGACAAUUAUUUACAUGUGCCACAAAUCCAAAGAGGUCAUAACAUGCGGCAGUCUUACAGUGGCAACGACAAACGUGUUAUUUCCAUGCAGCAGAACAUGCCAACGCUAGAGAAUACAUCCAAGUCCUUCAUGCGCACAUUUAGGAUCGAGUCUUACCUCAAACGCCCUGAGGUGCCGUUCGGAGACUCUUGUGACUAUUUGGACCAGGUUGAUCCACAGGACAAAGGCAACUCCUUCAUGCAGGGAAGGAUGAGGUCGUCCCUCGUUUUCAGGCCCACCGUACCGGAGCAAAUGGAGCCAAACCGACACAUCAACUCCUCCACUUGUGUCAACUCCUUAGCAGCCCCAAACACUCCUUCCCACUACUCAUCCAUGCAUUGGAAUCCAACUGCAGCAGCUGAUACGAUGAGUAAUGACGGGUACAUGUUUAAUAGGAAAAGUUUGCAAGUUUUGGAUGACAGUCAGAAUAAGGCAAACUCAGGUCCAGGUAGAGGCUCUUACCCCGCUGUCUAUGCUAGCUUAGGCAGAUCAGCAGGUAGACACUUGCUCCAAAACCCAGACACCAUGUCUGACAAUUGGCAGAAAAGACGUAGCUUAGCAGAUCCAAGGCCAGCCCUCGAGUACAAGCAUGAAUCAUCAAGUCACGUGUAUGGAGAUUUUUCAGGGGCGCAGGUUAAUAGAAGCACAGCAGAGAUCAAUGCACAGAGUGGAGGAUACAGGUCAAAUCUGAAAGAAGAUCAGAGGUCUUCUUCUCAUUAUGAUGUCAAGAGGGUCACAGACUGCCACGUCACGCCUAAUUGGCAGCAGCCGCCAUCCAGGACAGCGUCCGCGGCAGCCCUGGAAGUUAAGAGCAAGGGUCUAACACCUAAAUCCAACAGCAUGAGCCAACCACAUUUUCCAAUGAAGACUAGCAAAAAAAUCUUACCAGAGAAGAAAGAGGAUUCAGUGGGAACCAGCGACACACUGAGUCUGCAGUCAAGUUGCAGCACAGACACCUUAACAGCGGAUGAUGAGCCGAGGACAUCGUACAGAGGAGCAAAACACCCCCAAAGCACAACCCACUCCGUCAGGUCCUCCUCAGGGCACCAGAUGAAGCGGAUAGAUGGCGACCAUCUUACCUCUUCAAAACCUCGAUUCAGGGCUGAAGAGCUCAAAAAUCCACCCCAAGUCUCUCUACCUAAACCUACGACCCAAAAGAAGCCCGGCAUCUUUGAGAGAAGCGCGAGGCCCGGCUCUGAAUCGACAAGCUGGAGCAAAGAUCGAGGUCCGGAGACUCGCCUUUACAGCAGAUAUGAGUCCUUCUGCUCGAUUGACAAGAAACGCUCGCAGGAGAAAACCAAAACGCUCCCUAAAGGUGAUGCGGACAUUGAACAUAACAUCACCCGGGCUGCAAGGGGGCACCACGAAAAUAAGCUGGAGAAAUUCCUUCAACGAAUGGGACAUCUAAUACACAAGAACAAGCAGUAAAUCUUCACACGUCACUUCUUACUAAUGGAAAUUUGACUCAUUAUGUAAAUAUUGUUACAGUUAGUCUAUGCUUUUAUUUUUGGCAAACACUGGAUACAUUUUGACCUCUGUGUUUUGUAUUAUGUACAGAUGCACUGAUGAAUGUUGUUUUAUAUCAAAGCAGACCUUAAUAUAACUAAAUCUUAAGUAACCUCGACUGGUGUUGACCUGAAGCAAACAAGAAAUGCUGCAGAGGCUUCAAGUACCAACUGUAUGAAAAGGUAGUAGAGAAAGAUUGAAUUGCUUUGCAGUAACUGUAGGUGUGUUUGAGUUCUUAGUACAAACGUGUGGUUGUUGCUGCUGUACUGUACAUAAAGGGAAAUACUCGUUGCAAAUACAGUCAACGUACAAGCUAACUCCACAGCAUGAAACAACCUCACAGAGGUUGAAUCUCAUGGAAGCAUUUAUGAAAAUAGGCAAAUGAAGGUCACUUUCUUCUCUUUGACAGACAACGUCCCUGCAAGGUUGGUUUUAUGGACAAAUAAAGCACUAUUUUUCUUGCACUGA